GGCAUAUUCGCUUGUGGAUUCUAGUCAAGUGUCUACUUUCCUGAUUUCUAUUCUCCUCAUAGUCUACGGCAGUUUCAGGUCUCUUAACAUGGACUUUGAGAAUCAAGACAAAGAGAAAGACAAUAGCAGCGCAGCUGGGUCUUUUAAUGGCAACAGCACCAAUAACAGUAUUCAAACCAUUGAUUCUACCCAGGCGUUGUUCCUGCCGAUCGGAGCGUCGGUGUCCCUCCUAGUUAUGUUCUUCUUCUUUGAUUCAGUUCAAGUUGUCUUUACAAUAUGCACAGCAGUACUUGCAACAAUAGCUUUUGCUUUCCUUCUGCUCCCGAUGUGCCAGUACUUAACACGGCCUUGUUCACCUCAAAACAAGAUUUCCUUUGGCUGCUGCGGGCGUUUCACUGCUGCUGAGUUGCUCUCAUUUUCUCUGUCUGUGAUGCUUGUCCUUAUCUGGGUCCUAACUGGCCACUGGCUCCUCAUGGAUGCUCUGGCUAUGGGCCUGUGUGUUGCAAUGAUAGCCUUUGUUCGGCUGCCGAGCCUGAAGGUUUCCUGCUUGCUACUCUCUGGGUUACUAAUUUAUGAUGUCUUUUGGGUCUUUUUUUCUGCCUACAUCUUUAACAGCAAUGUUAUGGUGAAAGUGGCCACACAACCAGCUGAUAAUCCCCUGGAUGUUUUAUCCCGGAAACUUCACCUGGGACCAAAUGUGGGUAGAGAUGUUCCUCGUCUGUCGCUGCCUGGUAAACUUGUAUUUCCAAGUUCCACAGGCAGCCACUUCUCCAUGCUGGGGAUUGGAGAUAUUGUGAUGCCAGGUCUUCUGCUCUGCUUUGUCCUGCGCUAUGAUAACUACAAAAAGCAAGCCAACAGCGAUUCCUGUGGUGCCCCAGGACCAGGGAACAUCUCUGGACGUAUGCAGAAGGUCUCGUACUUUCACUGCACACUUAUUGGAUAUUUUGUAGGUCUAUUAACUGCAACAGUAGCUUCUCGUAUUCACCGGGCAGCCCAGCCUGCCCUCCUCUAUUUGGUACCGUUUACUUUAUUGCCGCUGCUCACCAUGGCCUAUUUAAAGGGCGAUCUACGUCGCAUGUGGUCUGAGCCUUUCCACUCCAAGUCCAGCAGCUCCCGUUUCCUGGAAGUAUGAUGGAACAGAUUGAAAGUGACCUGAACUUCUGCCUUGGUCCUUUUCACUUUGACUUGUGGCUUUGUCGUCUCCUAAAGCUGGACUGGCGGGUACUUGGGAAGGUACCAAUUACGGGACUUGUGUGAAAGGACUUUGUAUGAAAAGGAGGAAAAGGAAAAAAAGCUAAGAUCCUGGAGCUCCAUGUGACUCCGUAUCUCCCUGCAGAUGUGGAAUUGGGGACCCUUUGUGCAACUGCAGCCACUUUCCUCUUUUCCUCGCUCAGAUGGAUUAGUACCAGACUAUUACCUUUGCGAGAGAGGAAGAGACAGACUUGAAACUGAAAACGGCUUGAAGUCGUUCAAAAACUUGUGAACACUAAAAGAAAAAACGGUGAAGCAAACUGAAGUUUCUUCAGAGAACCCCUCGUGUACAUUGGGACCAGUUUCCUGCUGGACUUCGGUUUUGGAAAGAACUGAGACAGAAGGUCUUCUGUCACAAUAUUGUUUGGGGUUUUUUUUGAUUUAUUAAAUAUUUCCUGUGGUGUGAGGUUACUUAUUAA